UCUGAUGCUGCUUUCUCUCUCGUUCCUCUUUUUAUUUUCUUUGUUUCCCCUACCCACCUCUUGAAGCGAAAUCGCCUCGCUUUCGUUCCCGCCACGCCCCUCCCUCGAUCGGAACCCCUCAGCUUCCGCUAUUUCUCGCCCGUUUCCGGCCUCAGUCCUCAUUGAUUCCGGUGAAGGGCUUUAGCUGUUCCGCUGGAAUUUUGUUGCCUACAUCGACCUCGUACUUUUGAGGAGAUCGCUCCGUGGAAUCGCUUGACGUGUUUAGGUUCCUGAGCUUUGAGCGGUAAAUUCUCCUCAACGUUCAGGAGAAUCGUUGCUCCUGGUAUGAAAAUUUGGACCCGCUGAGGCGGUGAUGGAGCAAGGGCUCCAGCAGGCGGAUUUUGCAGGGAAGAAGCUGGCCGCUAGACAGCUAGAUUUCACCGGAAUAUGCAGCACCUCCGCAGCUGUGGCCGAGAGUCUGCCCCGCCCCUCAGCGAUUCCUGUCUUAAAGCCAGAAUCACCAAGGUCUUCAAGACCUCCCCGCUCAAUUUUUGAUUCAAAAGAUGGCACUCCUAAGAAACCAAAGCAGUGCAACUGCAAGCAUUCAAAAUGCUUGAAAUUGUACUGUGAGUGCUUUGCAGCAGGUAUAUAUUGUGAUGGAUGCAACUGUGUUAACUGUUGCAAUAAUGUUGAAAAUGAAGCUGUCAGACUUGAAGCUGUUGAAGCUACACUGGAGCGUAACCCACAUGCAUUUAGACCAAAGAUUGCCAGCAGUCCUGUUGCAUCUAGGGAUAGUCGGGAAGAAACAGGGGAGCUGCCCCUAGUGGGAAAGCAUAACAAAGGUUGCCAUUGCAAAAAGUCAGGUUGUCUGAAAAAGUACUGUGAGUGCUUCCAAGCCAGUGUUCUGUGCUCUGAGAACUGCAAAUGCAUUGACUGUAAGAACUUUGAAGGUAGUGAAGAGAGAAGAGCUCUCUGCCAUUCUGAUCCUAGCAUUGCAUUGAACUAUAUCCAGCAAGCAGCAAAUGCUGCCAUAAACGGAGCUAUUGGAUCAUCAGGUUUUGCGUCUCCUCCACUGAACAAGAAAAGGAGAAACCAAGAAAUUUUCUAUACCAUGGCUGCUAAGGAUCCUUCAAGUCAAAGGAUUCCUCAGUUUCCUCAGGCAAGUCAACUGAAAGCUUCAUCUUCAGUGCCAUCAUCUUCGUUAGCUUCCCUUUCUGUUUCUCAUUCAGUGGUGCCAACAGCUUUGGGUUCUUCGAAAUUUUCAUACAGGUCUCUGCUAGCAGACGUUGUGCAGCCAGAGGACGUGAAGGAGCUUUGUAAGCUCCUGGUGGUAGUUUCAGCAGAAGCUGAUAAAGCAUUUAGAGGGAAAAAUAGCCAAAAGGAAGAAAAGAUAGAGAUAGGUGGUCAGUCUGAGAAGCCCCAGGAAUUGGCCAUGGAAACACAGGAUGGUUGUUCCGAAUCCGCAGAAGUCUCAAAUGAAAGCCAACCAGAUAAAAUGGGAGCAAAUAAGUCAGUCUCAGAGGAUGCGGAUGUGGAAAGGAGUAGGCCUAUGUCGCCAGGAACGCUAGCACUUAUGUGUGAUGAGCAAGAUACAAUGUUGAUGGCAUCAGCAUCCCCAUCUGGAGUUCCAGGCUGUAGCAGUAGGAUGGCUUCAAGAUUUCCGUGCAACUCUGGAGUAUCAGAACUGUACAUGGAGCAGGAGAGGUGUGUGUUGACUGAGCUCCGAGAUUGCCUUCGGAGGCUGAUAACGCUUGGGACAAUGAGAGAGAUACAGUACUCCAUGAACAUGGAUAAGUCGGAGCAGCAUGGGAGUCAUCAAGAAUCAGGGAACACAAGAGCUGCGCCACCAACAAGUGCUGGAUUUCCCCAAACAGCAAAUUCAGUUGCUACGGCAGUUCACAGUAAUGGUUUGCCCAUUAAGGUUGGGCAUCCUGUUGAAAAUGGCGAGGCUCACAUAAAAGUGGAGACUAUGGAGCAAUGAGGAUCUGUUAAUCAAUUUUGUUGCGGUCUCCUGUUAGCUAAAGCUGCAGAGGUUUUCAGCAACUGACACAGGAUAAGCCAAUGAUAUUUCUGAAGGCUUUCGGGCGCCAUUUUUUCUCCCAUCAUCAUCAUGAAUGUAUUUAUGUGGUUCUUUCAGGGUUUACAUUUCAAUCUUCACCUGCUAGGCUGCUACUUGAAUAAACUUAGCUAAGGUGCUGGAUCAAAAUUGCUGAGAGGUUAAUUUUGGCCUCCGGAAGUAUCGCAUUUCUGGGCAGGACAGUGUCUUGAGUUGCAACGCUGACCAUGGACGUGCAGGUGAACCCUCCACGGCAACCAUGACCAUAUAUGUACAUUAUCUGAGAUUCAUUAUCUGCUCAGAGGCUUUUCCCAGCUGGUCAUUCAUAGCUCUUGUAGGCGCCAAAAGAGUAGAUAUAUAUUACCUCGAUUUUGUUGUAAUUGGUGAGAAAUCUAAGCACCAGAUGUAAUUACUUUCGGUCGAAAUUCUCCAAAUUUUCUAGAUUUUUCCCA